AUGUCGGAGACGGAGCAGCGCACCACCACCACCACCACCUCCACCACCCUCCCGCUGCGCACCAACAGAGAACCCAGCAGCACGCAGCAGGAUCGCAAGGUGGUCGACGGGCCCUCGGUCGCCACCACCACGACGUGGACGCCCAACUUGGCGCGCCGGCAGAGCUGGAACGCGCAGGACCGCACGCACGAGCUGCAAAUGGCCACGGUCCAUGCCGCGCGCACCGGUCCCGGCUUCACCGAGCGUUCGUCGUGA